UCUGCCGUUGGGGUGAUGCCUCCCCCGGGCCGCGCGGUGGCGCUGCAGCACCGCGAGGCCAGGGUGGUUCUGGGGCUCAGGGGCGCGCAGGCUUCUGGGGACCCUAGAGCUGCGGCGGCGACGCGCGGGCCGGCCGCGGCUCUCCCACCUGUCACCCUGGCCCUUCUCUGCUUGGACGGCGUCUUCCUCUCCACAGCCGAGAAUGACUUCGUGCAGCGCAUCCGGGAGGAACUGGACCGCUUCCUGCUGCAGAAGGAGCUGUCAAAGGUCCUCCUCUUUCCCCCACUCUCCAGUCGGCUCCGGUACCUGAUACACAGGACAGCAGAGAAUUUUGACCUUUUGAGCAGCUUCUCUGUUGGAGAGGGCUGGAGGAGGAGGACGGUCAUCUGUCACCUGGACAUCAGGUUACCCAGUUCAGACGGAUUCUCUGGCCCCUGUCACCCUCCUGCCUCCCACCCUAGCAAGUACCGAGGUCCUCGGAAGCCCACCGCAAGCCAGGGAGCGGCUGCUGGUCCCCGAGGUGUGAGGGCCGGCCGGUGGCAUCGUGGACGCAAGCCAGACCAGGCCUUGUAUGUGCCCCGGGUGCUGCGCCGGCAGGAAGAAGGAGCGCUGCCCGCUCCUGCAGAACUCCAGGGAGAUGCUCCAGCUGGCGGGCUCUCAGAAGAACCAGGAGAUACUGGUGCUGGGAACCCCAUUGCCGAUCAGGAACUUCCCGUGUCGGUGACUCAGGCAACAGAGGACCAAAAAGGCCCUGGUCAAGGCUGUGAGAAAGAGUCGCUGCCAGACCCUUUGGCUGCUGAACCCUCAGAGCCUGAGAGCCACGCAGGGACCGGAGACAGGUCGGAGUCAGCCACACAGCCGGAGCCCGGGCUGCAGCUGGACUUGGAGGAGGGAAAUGGGACUGAGCUGGAGAGGAGCCUGGCAGCAGAGGAGGAAGUGGAAGAGGAAGAGGUGGAAGAGGAGGGGCCAGGCAGCUGCCCCGAGGACGAUUUCAGUGAAUUGCUGCAGGAGAUAACGAACAACCUGACCCAGAAGGAGAUUCAGGUAGAGAAGAUCCAUGUGGACACAUCAUCCUUUGCAGACGAGCUGCCUGGAGAGAAGGAUUUUGCGCACGUGGUGGAGAUCUAUGACUUUGAGCCAGUGCUCAAGACUGAGGACCUGCUGGCUACCUUCUCUGAGUUCCAAGAGAAGGGGUUCAAGAUCCAGUGGGUGGACGACACGCAUGCACUCGGCGUCUUCCCCUGCCCAGCUUCAGAUUAGAGCCUCAGGAGAUGGGUGAGAUGACUCCAUUUUACAGAUGGGGAGACUGAGUUCCCCGGUGUCAGUGUCCGAUCAAGGUUAUGAAGCCUCUCGUCAGUCGUCAAGGCCGGGGAGGCCAGCUAGUCUCCUGGCUGUCAUUUCGGUGCUGCUCCUCCCUCUCAGCAUUUUCCUGCACUGCCCCUGACACACCGCUGCACAGUUGGUGUACAUUUAUAAAGAGUCAGUCCUCGGCCCCCCUUGACUGGGCUUCGCACAGCCACAGGCUCUGAACACAGAGUAGGGAGUGACCAUGGCUGGUGUGGGCCCAGUCUUCAGGAUAGCCUGAGCUUUUAGGGACGGGGGGCAGUGUCUGGGCAGCAAGAGGCCUGGGGCUAGGUGGGGGCUUCAGCCCCAGAGAGGGAGCCACUGAAAGGUGGGGGCUGGGGGAGGCCCUCCUGGUCCAUUGAAGGGAUUAGCAUUGGGCUUGGCAUGGCCACGGCUGCCUUCUGGGCUCUGCCAAGCUGGCCAAGAGCCAGGGGCAGGCCUCAGGCUUUGGAAGGCCGGGGCCUGCCUCUCCUGAUGUCAGAACCACAGGCUCACCAUGUGGCUCCCGCCCCCCGCCCCGUCCCCCAGGGCAGGAGGGUAGAAGCUGGGGCGUGGGCCCUCCAUCUGAGAGCAUGGCAGCCCUGUGCAGGCCUGCGAGCUCCAGGGGAGGGCGAGCUGAUGGGGCAGUCCUGUCCCUGAGGUUUGGAUGGGUGGUUUGGAUGGGUGUCAGAAGCGGCUGCCUGGGCUUUGGGGUGACAUGUGUGUUCCUGGGUCCUGAGGAGGCCUCAGCAGGAAACGCGGAUGGCU